AUGACCGAGACCUUCGGAUUGAGUGAUUACUCCGAUGAGUCUCCGCCUCACGCAAUUCCAUCCAACAACAGGACGCGUGGAGAUGGUGGUGAUGCACCUAUGCAUCACCACGAGCGAAGCAACUCAAGGGAUUGGGGUAACAUUGGUGCAAGUGCUCAUGCUGGCACCAAUCAAGAGGCCAGGGACCAAAGUGUUUUGCGCAACGCUUCCCAUGUGGAGUCUCCGUGGAUGCUGCCAUACAGAAAGCUGAAUCGGUUGGCCGGCACGACUACCGAACGGGAUCGAACCCUGUUGUUCGAUUGCAGGAAGUUCUGCUCACCUAAUUCCAGCCCGGAAAGUAUUUAUCGUGCUGAGGAAGAAUUCUUCACCGAUGCGUUCUUUAAACAUCGGUGGUACAAUGGCAGCCGUGUUCGGGGCGGCAAAGCCUUGGUGCAGGGAUGGAAUGCCCUCAUCCACAACUUCGAGUGUAUUGGCCGUGAGGCUUGGCUCGCCAAACUUGAUGCAGCUCGCAUCAGGUUUGAGAAACGCAACUCCGUCGGGGCGCGAUACAAGCUGCACCGGUUUUCAAAAGAGUCAGGAUUACCCUGUCUUUUGUGGGUUGAUUCGUUUCCAGGUUGCCUGGACAAUUUGGAUCGUGCCGCUAGGGAGGCCUAUCAACCUAAUGAUUCCUGA